GUAUGCAGUUCCUCGUUAGAGUUGAUAGCACCGGAGAUCUGUCAAGAUGCACGCGGCAUUCAUGUUCACAACUACCUCCUCCAUUGUCUUGGUUUGAUCGAAAAUGGCGGAGCGGAGGUCUUGGAUGAUGUUCACUCAUCGUUGGGGAGGAGUCUGACGAUGCAGCAAGCACUACGUUACACUGAUGUGUUGUCGGACGCAAAGUGGAAGCAUGGAGGAGUGCUCAACUUU